AUGGGUUCCAGUGGCAAAGUCGCUCCUACAAAUCUGCAAGUCGGGGUCAUUGGAUGUGGUAUUGCCGGGCUUUCAGCGACAAUCGCCUUAGCUAGGGCCGGGCACGCAGUCGAGGUAUUCGAACGGUCCCGCUUCACACAUGAGAAUGGAGCCGCGCUUGUAAUCGGAGUGAAUGCCACCCGCGUCCUGGCCGGCUGGGGCUUCGAUGCCCACAAGUAUGGGGCUAUGGACUACUCCCAGCUUCGACGUUUCGACGCCAAGACCGGCGAAUUGGUCUCAACGGAGAAGUACAGUGGGAUCGAGGAGAGGUACGGGUCACGAUGGUUGAUAUUCCACCGUGCCGAUCUCCACGCAGGCCUGCUCGAGCUGGUGGAAAACCCAGCGGUGCCGUAUACCGUUGCACCAAAGAUCAAUCUGGGCACAGCUGUGUCCGACGCCGACCCUGACACCGGGACGAUCACCUUGGCAGACGGACGCACCCUCCAGAAGGACGUCAUCAUCGUCGCCGACGGCGCCCACUCAAAGCUGAUCACACGCGUGACAGGCCGCGAGGAGCCCAUCAUCAAGUCCCCCCUCUCCAUUUACCGCUUCAUGCAGCCCAUCUCAUCCAUCCUCGAGGACCCACAGGCAGGCCACUUCUACCGCGACCAGCCGUCCGGAUUCACAGCCUUCUUCGUCAGCCAGGUGGGCAGGCCCGGCGUCCUGCUCAACACGUACCCCGUGAGGGGGGAGCAGCUGCUCUACUGCGCCUUCAUGCACCCGACCAAGCCGCAGGAGCGCGACAUCGGGGACAACUGGAACGCGGAGGCGGGAUACGAGGACCUGGUGGCGGACCUGCGCGAGUUCCACCCCAGCGUCAAGGUCAUCUGCGAGGGCGCCCGGGAUAUCAAUGUCUUCACCAUCAUGAGGCGGGACCCGGUGCCCAACCUCACAAGAGGACGGGCUGUUCUCGUGGGAGAUGCUGGACACUUGAUGUUAUCGACUCAUGGGCAGGGAGCGUCGCAGGCGAUCGAGGACGCCGCUGCUUUAGAGGUCUUGUUCGGCAGCACUAUGCAGGGCAGCUGCUUGUCGGAGAAACUGGUGUUGGAUCGGGUGCAGAUGUUUGAUGACCUGCGUGGCCCUCGUGUCAAAGCAACCCAGACCCUCUCUAAUAAGAUGAUGGGCCCACCUGAGGUCAUGAUGGAGGAAUGCAGGAGGUACUACGAUGGACCAUUGCCGAGUCCGAAGGCGCAGGUCUUUUCGGAGGAGUACAACGACUGGUUUUUCAAGUACGAUGUUGGGGUCGAGGCCAAGAGCCUAUUAGAAAAAUCGGUCACGGCAUGA